GUCACCUAGCUUCCCUUGAAGAUAAGUUAUUUUACAAACAUUAUUCUUGGAAGUUGUAAUGUGAAAGGUAUUUUUCUCAAAUUUCAGAACGUGACCACCUGGACGAUAACAGAUGAACCACCAAACAUUAAACCAGAUGUUCUCCAUGUCGCGGUUGUUUCCUUUCCAUUUAGAGGCACACAUUUUGGAGAAAGAAUUUGGCUGAAAGAGUUUGAUCCAUUACGACCAACUUUCAUCCCAACGUUUAUGCCAGUGUUUGAAACAAAAGAGCAAUUCAAAGAGGCAGCCACUAAACGUAUCAGUUGGGCUCCUAUUGCUGGAGGUUCUGUAGCAGGAGUGGCACUUCUUGUGAUAGUGUUGAUGUCCAUUACAUGGCGAAGACGAGGUGCACUGUGUCCUUUUAAUUUUCAAGAUCCUGUGACGCAGGCAGCUAUUUCCAGGCCAAACAACGUCAUAGAACGCGUCACAGAAAUAACAGCGGCUGCGACUCCUUCAAGUGCAGACAUUUCUAGCGAAGUUUACUACAGCUGCUAUUACCCGGAAAACGAAGCUUUUCGUGGCAAAGUGGCUGCCAUUGUGAACUUCUUCCGAAAAAAUGGCUAUGACGUCAUUAUGGAUGCCAUGAUGUCCGGUGAACUUAGUUCCCAGGGCCCGACGCGGUGGGCAGAGAAUCAGAUAAGAAAGGCCAAGAAAGUGCUUGUUUUCCUUUCCCCAGGCCUUUUGAGUCUGGCUUCAGCUGAUGGAUGCGAAGGAAUUCACACUCAGGAUAUCAACCGUGUGUGGAUUGAGCUUGAAGUCCUUCGAGAUCUUUACACUCGAAAUCGCUCAGCCGCUAAGAUGGUGUGCAUAGCUUUGCCCGACCUGCCAGUCACAUCUCAAGACCUACCUGUGUGGUUGAAAGUCAGCUACAAAUGGCCAGAGGAUGUUCGAGAAAUCCUGAAGCGUUUAAAUGACAGACCAUCAAUUAAACCAUUUCAGUGACCAUUAAUUUGCCAUUUGCCAUUUCCUUAAAUUGUCUGGGUAUGAGGCGU